AUGGCGGAGCGAGUCCAGCAGCCCCCGGCCAAGCGGCUCUGCUGCCGGCCCGGCUACAACCCGGCAUGCAGGCAGGGGCAGCGGGCUGGAGGAGUACUUUGUGGCGGUCCGGGGUCCGCUCCAGGGGGAUUGGGAAAAACACACAACCCCGAAUCGCUGCUCGACAUCGCGGCUCGGAGAGUCGCAGAGAAGUGGCCAUUCCAAAGGGUGGAAGAACGGUUCGAACGGAUUCCAGAACCUGUCCAGAGAAGGAUCGUGUACUGGUCGUUUCCGAGGAGCGAAAAGGAGAUCUGCAUGUAUUCUUCGUUCAACGCAGGGGGAGAUGAGAGUGGAACUAGCGGGGAAAACAAUGACGAGACCCAGCUGCCUUUCCUACGGGGUGUCACUCUGCUGGAGGGCGGUUGGGUGGACAACGUACUGCAAGUCGGGUUCCAUCUGAGUGGUACGGUAACAGACCCGGCCACGUCCUCUCAGCCUGAGAUGGUCUGCAGCGUGAGCGUCAGCUUCGACCGCUGUAAGAUCACCGCGGUGACCUGUAGCUGCGGCAACAAGGACAUAUUCUACUGCGCCCACGUGGUAGCGCUGGCCCUGUACCGCGUACGGAAGCCCGAGCAGGUCAAACUGCACCUGCCCAUCUCAGAGACGCUGUUCCAGAUGAGCCGAGAUCAGCUGCAGAAGUUUGUCCAGUACCUGAUAUCAGUGCAUCAUACAGAGGUGUUGCCCACCGCACAGAAACUGGCAGAUGAGAUCCUGUCAACUAACUCUGAGAUCAACCAGGUCCACGGGGCCCCAGACCCCACUGCAGGGGCCAGUGUGGAUGAUGAGAACUGUUGGCACUUGGAUGAGGAGCAGGUCCAGGAGCAGGUGAAACUCUUCCUGUCACAGGGAGGAUACCAUGGCUCUGGGAAACAACUAAACCUCCUGUUUAGCAAGGUGAGGGAGAUGCUGCGUAUGCGUGACUCCAACGGAGCACGGAUGUUAACACUGAUCACAGAACAGUUUAUGGCCGACCCUCGCCUGGCACUGUGGAGACAGCAGGGCACCACCAUGAACGACAAGUACAGACAGCUCUGGGACGAACUAGGUGCCCUGUGGAUGUGUAUCGUGUUGAACCCCCACUGUAAGACGGAGCAGAAGUGCUCGUGGCUCAGAGAGCUGAGGAGGUGGAACAGCGUGGACGUGUGCCCCUGGGAGGAUGGUAACCAUGGCAACGAUCUGCCCAACCUCACCCACUCCCUGCCUCAGGGUGCCCAUGGCAACCAAGAGUCGCGUCCCCACAGGACGGUGUUCACACGGGCAAUCGAGGCGUGUGACCUCCACUGGCAGGAUCGUCACCUGCAGCACAUCAUUGCCAGCGACCUCUAUGCCAACUACUGUUACCACGACAACCAGGACGGCUCGCUCUUCGACACACGUGGAUGGCCCAUGUGGCACGAACACGUCCCGACGGCUUGUGCUCGGGUGGAUGCCCUGCGUUCCCAUGGUUACCCCCGCGAAGCACUUCGAUUGGCCAUUGCCGUGGUAAACACACUACGACGGCAGCAGCAGAGGCAACUGGAGCACUUCCGCCGACAUAAGAAAGAGCUGCUCCAUAAAGCCAUCACCUCCAUAACCAACAUGGAAGGCUGGGUGGGUCACCCCCUGGAUCCCAUCGGCACCCUGUUCAGCACCCUCACUGAAACGGGACGGGGGGCAGAGGAGGGGGCCAACACCUGCCUUGACCUCUCAGAUUGUUCCAGUGUGGUGAGUCGUGCGGAGCUGCAGCGGUUGCCAGUGCAGAGGUUGCUAGGCGAGGGCGAAUCAUACGGGGCGCUGGCUGUGGAGACUGCUCUGAUUGGCUUAGGCCAGCAGAGGGUCAUGCCUGAUGGGCUGUACGCCCAGGAGAAGGUGUGUCGCAACGAAGAGCAGCUAUUGGCCAAGCUGCAGGAAGUGGAGCUGGAUGACACGCUGGUCAAGAUCUUCCGCAAACAAGCCGUCUUCCUGUUAGAGAGUGGGCCGUACAGUGGCCUGGGAGAGAUUGUCCACAGAGAGAGUGUUCCCAUGCAUACCUUCACCCGCUAUCUCUUCACCUCUCUCCUACCUCACGACGCUGAACUGGCGUACAAGAUUGCACUGAGAGCCAUGCGGUUGCCUGUGUUGGAGUCCACAGCCUCGUCAGGUGACCUGUCGCGACCCCAUCACAUGGUGUCUGUGGUCCCCAACCGCUACCCUCGCUGGUUCACACUCUCCCACAUAGAGUCCCAGCAGUGUGAACUGGCUUCCACCAUGCUGACCGCAGCCAAAGGUGAUAGUUGUAAGCUGGAGACGGUGCUAGAGUCCAUCCAGAAGAACAUCCACUCCUCGUCUCACAUCUUUAAACUGGCCCAGGACGCCUUCAAGAUCGCUACACUGAUGGACAGCCUGCCAGACAUUACACUGCUCAAAGUUUCACUGGAGCUUGGGCUACAGGUGAUGAGGAUAACCCUGUCUACGUUAAAUUGGAGGAGGAGGGAGAUGGUACGGUGGUUAGUUACCUGUGCAACCGAAGUAGGUGUGUAUGCGUUGGACAGCAUCAUGCAGAGUUGGUUCACCCUCUUCACCCCGACCGAGGCAACCAGCAUCGUGGCCACCACCGUCAUGUCCAACACCACCAUUGUCCGCCUGCGCCUGGACUGUCAUCAGCAGGAGAACCUGGCCUCUUCCGCCCGGACCCUGGCCCUGCAGUGUGCCAUGAAGGAUCCCCAGAACUGUGCCCUCUCCGCCCUCACCCUCUGCGAGAAGGACCACAUCGCCUUCGAGACGGCCUACCAGAUCGUCCUGGACGCGGCCGUCGCGGGGAUGAGCUACACGCAGCUGUUUACGAUAGCUAGGUACAUGGAGCACAGAGGGUACCCUAUGAGGGCGUACAAGCUAGCCACGUUAGCCAUGGCUCAUCUAAACCUCAGCUACAACCAGGAUACCCACCCGGCUAUCAACGACGUGCUGUGGGCCUGCGCUCUGAGUCACUCGCUGGGCAAGAACGAGCUGGCUGCCGUCAUCCCCCUGGUGGUGAAGAGCGUGAAGUGCGCCACGGUGCUUUCCGACAUUUUGCGGCGGUGCACGCUGACCACGCCGGGGAUGGUGUCGGCGCUGCACAGCCGCAGGAACUCUGGGAAGCUGAUGUCGCUGGACAAGGCUCCGCUCAGGCAGCUGCUGGACGCCACAAUCGGGGCCUAUAUCAACACCACGCACUCUCGCCUCACGCACAUCAGCCCGCGGCACUACAGCGAGUUCAUCGAGUUCCUGGGGAAGUCCCGGGAGACGUUCCUCAUGGCCCACGACGGACACAUCCAGUUUACCCAGUUCAUAGACAACCUUAAACAGAUCUAUAAGGGCAAGAAGAAACUCAUGAUGCUGGUGAGGGAGCGGUUUGGCUGACCAGGGUCGGUCCCUAGUACUUUUCUAUUAACUCGCGUCUGCCUUUUUUUCAACUUCUUUUGGACUUGAACAUGGACAAGUAAAGAGAGAGACCAAGCGAAAGAAGGAGAGAAAAAAAUACUGAUCAGAGCCACACGGUAUUAUCGUGAUUUGCUGUUAUUGUUAUGAGCGUUAUUACUGUCAUUGCUAUGUGUACAGACGUGUUCUAUUUUCAGAAGAAGAAACGUGUCAAGUUGUGAAUGUUGUGAGUGUUUCUCUGUGUGUGCGAGAGAAAAAACAGGAUAACGAAAAUGGCUUUUUCUGUUCGUGUUUUCUAUUAUUAGCAUUUUUUUUAUUGUGUUUUUUAUUUUGGUUUUAUACUGAGUAUAUUGUUGUCAAGUGGCUAAAGGCCCUUGUGCAAAAGCGCUUGUGUAAAAACGCAUUGGCAGCCUCAAAGAGACACUAUGGCUUUAAAACCACACAGCACCUCUUGGCUAUUGGCUACCGAACGUAGGAUGCACUGCACAGCUUGGCUCCUUGAGAAAACCACCAUUAGCAUUUCUGUUGACUCGGCACUUGUGUUUUCUCUAGGUCAUAGGCAUGAGAGAGGUUCUAGUUGUAGAAUAAUGCUCUUAACAGACUCGUUGUUUCAGAUGUAGUAAUAAUGAAUAUCUGUUAGGUUGAGGACGGCAGUACAGGACCACAGUAAUGCCACAUGCACCGUAAGAUGAGGAUAUGGAGUAUUAUCAAAGCGAUUACUAGCAUUUGAUGUAUUAUGGCAGAUAUAUCCCAUAAUGUACUUCGAACCAUCAAACUUGUAAUUGUGGCUUUGUUUUUUUUGGUUGAAGUCUUAAGAUAAACUGUUGCUGGAGA